AACGGAUCAGCCAAAGCGAGGCUUCUCGCGAGGAUGAAGAAAAUCGGCCGAACGAAUAUUCUUUUACGGGAAUCGACACAUCCUGCUCAAUCUCUUGCACUUAAACGGGCAGGUCUCGUGUCCCAAAUAUCACACCCGGAAAAGGAAAUACUAACAGAGGAUAUGACCUCUGUAACCACAAAUAGGGGCAAUCCAAGACUUUCCAAAAGAGAGCCUUCUGUGGCCAGCAAUUCCGUAGGCAGCGGUAGUAUCGAAAAUGUUCGAUCGGAGAAUGGCGAAGAAGAAUCUGACCUGGACCACGAUCCCAACUCGUUGAAUUUCAG